ACGCAUCCUCCCAUCAGUUGUUAUUGUUUUGCUGUAUGGAGACUGGAAGUUAAUAUUCAUAUGAACACUAACGUAGUUGUUUGUCAACGUGAAACGACACGAUCAGUAUCAUUCCUCCCAUCCACAGUUUAAAGCGGUCUGCCCGUUGUUCGGCGUCGGUGCUUGCAUGCGUACCAUCCGGGGGUAGUCCUUCCGGACGUCCCUCUCUCCCGGAGGACUGCGAGCGUGGCGUUUGGAGUCCGGGCAGCGGGGGUGGGGGGGGGCCCUCCGGUGAGGAUCGAGCCGAGCCCCGAGGCCUCUGAGCUCAGCCGGCGGAAGGACGGGGUGAAACUGGCGGCGGCUCGGAUGGAUUCCCAGGUCGAAGCGGACGGCGGCGGCCCGGAGAUGCUCCCGGGCUUCAUCUGUGCUUCGUUUAACCAGGACACCACUUCCCUGUCAGUGGGCACCAAGACUGGCUACCGUCUCUUCUCAGUGACCUCUGUGGACAAACUGGACUGUAUUCAUGAGGGAGUGGAGUGCUCCGAUGUGUCCAUCGUGGAGCGGCUGUUCUCCAGCAGCCUGGUGGUGGUGGUCAGUCAAUCGGUGCCGCGGCGGAUGAACGUCUAUCACUUCAAGAAAGGUACCGAGAUCUGCAACUACAGCUACACCAACAACAUCCUCUCCGUCAGGCUCAACAGACAGCGACUUGUGGUGUGCCUGGAGGAGUCCAUAUACAUCCACAAUAUCAAAGAUAUGAAACUCCUCAAGACUCUGCUCAACACCCCCACCAACCCUUCAGGUCUCUGCGCCCUGUCUGUCAACCACGGUAAUUCUUUCCUGGCAUACCCGGGCAGCGCCACUAUUGGAGAGAUCGCAGUGUACGACGCAAACAACUUGAGCACUGUGACGCUGAUCCAGGCCCACGCCAGUCCCCUGGCGGCGCUCACCUUCAACGGCUCCGGCACCAAACUCGCCAGCGCGUCGGAAAAGGGCACCGUUAUCAGGGUGUUCGACAUUCCCGAAGGACACAGGCUGUUUGAGUUCCGGCGAGGGAUGAAAAGAUAUGUUAGUAUUAGUUCACUGUCCUUCAGCGCUGACGCCCAGUUCCUAUGUGCCUCCAGCAACACAGAGACAGUACAUAUCUUCAAGCUGGAGCAGCACAGUCCCAGUCAAGAGGAGGCGUCCCCCACGUGGUCCGCGUACGUGGGCAAAAUGUUCACAGCGGCCAGCACUUACUUGCCAGCUCAGGUGUCCGACAUGAUGCAUCAGGACCGGGCCUUUGCCACUGUGCGGCUCAACAUGUUCGGCCUGAAGAACAUCUGCGCUCUGGCGACGAUUCAGAAGCUGCCUCGCCUGCUGGUGGCGUCCUCGGACGGGCAUCUUUACAUCUAUAAUGUGGAUCCGCAGGACGGAGGCGAGUGCAUAAUGGUCCAAAAACACAGGUUGUUUGAUGGCACUGAGGAGCAGGUGGAACACAAGGAUGAGGAGACCCCAGCGGAGGUCUCCAACCAAGUCGCCGGCCAAUCGUACGCAGCCACCGUGGCGCUCCCUUCCAGCCAGCCCCCCUCUUCCACGCUCUUGGGAUACUCGGAGGAAGGAGGAGCCCAGAAGGGGGACGUGAUCCCGGAGCACGAGUUCGCCGAGGGCCCCGUGUGUCUGGAUGACGAGAACGAAUUUCCUCCAGUCAGUAACUAGAUAAACUCUCAAAUCCCCACCCCCAACCCCAAACCCCGCAUCAUCGAUCCCUCACUGUUCGACACAGCGAGAAUCGAGAGGAAAACAAAAAAAAAAGUAUGAAAACCAGCCGCCGCCUCCUUCCGCACAGAACCCCUACAGGUCGAGGCGCUAAUCCCACCAAGACCUUCCAUCCUGGUGGUUCUGGAUUCUAUGUAGUCCUACGAGUGAACAAGGAGUGGCCAUUUACCGUAACUCACUGGGAACAUCUCGCAUUCUUUUGCUUCGAUGCAUUCAAAGUCUACCUUAUUACACUGCAAAAUAUUAUAAUAUAAUAUUACAGUUGGUGAGUGGCAUUGCUUCAUCAUCAUCAUCAUCAUCACAUGAGCGAAAAGCACCCCAUGUGUAUGCCAUAUGUCUCAAACUCAAGGCCCGGGGGCUAAAUGCGGCCCGCGACAUUAUUUUAUGUGGCCCACAAAAGCAAAUCCAUGUUCAACUUUGGCGAUUAUUUUUGCUAAAAUCUGUACCCAAAUUCCAGAUAAUACUAAAAAUAAUGUUGAGGAAUUGCAAGUUACUGUUACCAAACUGUUUUUCUACAGUAACUUAAACAAUACCUGAUCAAAAUAUUAUCCUUGUCUUCUGAUUUCAAAACUAGUCAUAAGUGAAUUUGUUGCGUAAUGGUAAUACGAUUUGGUGAUUAAACAUUUAUAGGGUUUCACUUUUGUGACGUCCAUCUGAGGGAAAUCAUAACUAACACAUUACAAUGCGGCCUGAGACAAAAAUGAAUUUGACGCCCCUUUCGGGUCAGUACAGGUGUCAAACUCAAGGCCCAGGGGGCCCGAUCCUGCCCUCCGCGUGAUUUUAUGUGGCCCGCGGAGACAAAUCACAUGCAUCAACUUCCGUGAUUUUUUUUUUUUUUCAAAUCUGUACCAAAAUUCCACAUUGUCAUAUCAUAAAUGAAAACGUUGAUAUAUUACGAGCAUUUUUGUGUUAGCAAACAACAAUAGUUGGAAAAAAAAACAUUACCCUUGAUUUCUGAUUCAAAAACUAGUUCAUAAAUUUCACGUGUAAAUAUGAUGAGGCGGUUAAGGAUUUUUAUGGUCUCACAGCCUUAACGGCGCUCUAAGGGAAACCGCAAGUACAAUCUGGACCGCGACAAAAACAUGAGUUUGACACCCCUGCCAUCCGUUGUCAACUAAACCUGCUUCUUAGUGCGUAACCUUAGAAAUAAGCCCUCAAAAUGUAUGAAACGGGGUCAACAUUCCCAAAAGUGGACCUUGUACUGUAUGCGGCUCUGCUCGUGGUUUUGCACCAGACUCAGGACUACACUGAAAAGAGGGGGGGAGUAGUACAGUAGUUGUAGUGGAGAUAAAAAAAAGUCCUAGGUUUACAAGAAAAAUAACCAUAAUGAAUAUGAGAAUGAAAUAUCCAUUUACAAGAAUAAAAUGAGAAUAUUGAGAGCAUAAAGUGUCAAAAUUUAAAGAGACUGAGUGAGCAAUGUUAUGUCACGCACAUAAUGUAAUUUUAAAAUUAAAUAGUUACACAUAGUCUUUAUUUUAUGAGAAUAAAAAUAUGACUUCGCACAAAUUAAGUAUUCAUUUUAUGAGUGAAGAAAGUCACAAUUUAAAGUGUUUUAAAUUUGUUAGAAUAGCUAUAUAAGGGAAAAAAAGAAGACCAAAGUCAGAUAUUCACAAAAUAGCGUCAUUUUUAAAGAUUAAAAUUGGAAUUUCAUAAUAAUAAAAUUGUUUUGAUGAGGAAAAAAAAUUGUUUUACCAUAGUAGAGUCAUAAUAUGAAGACAAAGUUAAAAAGAAGUUUGUAAUUUUAUGAGAAUAAGUUGACAUGAACAUUUUAAGAAUAAAGUUUUAUGAGAAUAACGUGUCAAUUUUACUUCAUAAAAGUUUGGAGAGAAUCUAGCUAAAAUAAAAAUAAAAAAAAGAAAUUCUCAUUUUAAGAUUUUAUGAGACAAAAAUAUUAAAAUAAAGUCGUAAUUUUACAAGAAUAACAAAAUCAGGAGAUCUGAUUUGAUAAUAGUAAUUCAGAAACAAUGUGGAAAAAAAACUAGAAACUUUUUCAAGAUCUUUUUUUGCCUUUUCAGUGUGGUCCUCAUUUCUACUUAUAUUUUGUCAUAGGGCGCAAAAUGAGUAUUGAGUAUACUAGACAGUCAUAUUACACAUUUUUUUUUCAACAAUUCUGAGGUAAAACCAUAAUCUCACCCAAUAGACAUUCAUGCUGUAAUAAAUUGUAUAAACCUCAUCAGCAAACCCGAGUUACAGCCAAUAGCACAAAUGUUAGUGGUGGGAAUAAGGUAGCUUUUAUGUACACUAAUCCUGCUGAAAACAAACCAAAGGAAGUGUGUGUAAACCUCCUCAUUGGCGGUUAUUGUGUUCAUCUUAAAAUGAGGUUUUUUUUUUUUUAUAUAUAUAUGGCUACAUAAAAGGCUUCUUGCAAAGAGUGUAUUUUUGCCAUGUAUGUAAAGGUCUGGAUGCUUGAAAUAUGUGACAUUUUUCUGUUUCAUCUUCAGAGCUACCGUAAGGGCAUUUUUAUGUUUUUGUUUUCUUUCUUUAAAAUAAGAAAGCCUCGUAGUUUCAGUUGCCGUCGCCUCCAAAUUAAGUAUUUCACACGAGGGCGUAGUUUGAAGUAUUAUGUGACCUGACGACGCAGCUGUGAUACUAAUUCUGGUAGCAGUAGACGCGAAAAGACACUUACAUAUUCCCCGAUGUAAAAUGAGAAUACGUAUAUGCGCGAAGGAGCCAAGGGUUAAAUGUGACUCGCUUGAUGGAACACGGCGUCACGACACGUCCUUGAAUUUCAGCGAUAUUUCCAGGCUAUUUACCAUAUGAUGCUGAAUAUGUUGACAAUUGUUAUUUUUACUAUGGGGAAAAAAGUAUUACACAUGAAAACAAACUGACCAUGCAUAACUACAUUUUGAAUAUUUUGUUUUUACUGUCUGUAUAAUGUGUAUAUAAUAUAUACUAAUCACAAAAAGUUCUGAAUAUUGGCUUAUCGACCUAAAAAUGCAUAAAUAGCGUUUAUAGUUGAAUCUAAUUUGAUUUAAAAACGUUUGGUUGCACGCGUCGCAUUUUUUGGGGCUUUUUAGCACAGCUGUUCUCUAACAAUGAAUUUAACAGCAGAUUCUAUGAGCCAUUAACAUUUCUAAGGAUGUUGACUUCUAUGCCUUUCCGUGACUCUUAUUGCAACUUUAACCCGGAUAUUUAUUGAUCGUUUGGUUGUGAAUUUUUGCUGUCAAGGUCCUCGUUAGAGAAUGGCAAGUUGUGCAAAAAGUACAUGUUGGACGUGUGUUAAAAAGUUUCGACGAGGUCAAAUUAAGUUCAGCUAUAAAGUAUAUACAGCGUUUUAGGUUCAUUCUGAAACCUGGGCAAAGGCCAGAUAUCCCAAACUUUUUGUUGAAGUGUAUAUAAAGUUUAACAUUUAACUUUGCCUGAAGGUGGCGCUGUCUAGACACUUUAACACUACAUUGAACUGUUGCAUACUGACAAUGA